AUGAAUAAUUCAUAUGCUUAUGAUCCAAAAUUUAGCUAUAAAAAAUCUGAACUAAAUCCUUACAUCGAUCAAUCCAGCAGCACUUAUGGGAUUGCUCAGUCUCAAAUACAAUAAGGAAGCAAUAGUAUUAAUUUCAAUUUAUUUAUAUUGCAGUUCGUCAACAUACAUUUUCCACACAUGCCAGGAAUCUAUCCCAACCUCUACUCUCUAAUCAAUCAUCCCAAAGAAUUUAAGUUAUUUAAUAGUCUAUUCCUCAAUCAAUAAGAUAACCUAAUAUUGUUAGAGCUUCUUCCCCUUUAACUUAACAAAAAGUGUAUUACACACAGUCAGUCUAACCAGUGUAUAGAUUGUAUAAUGAACCUAUUUAAGUGAUAGCUCAACAACCACCACCUCAAGUUAACGUUGGUAUGUAUAUUUCGCAAAAAUUAAUAGUUCGGGAAAUUGAGGAAGUGCCGAUUAUUCAUGAAGUACAUCAUGUAAAUAGGCCAAUAAACGUGAUUUCAAUGGAUGAAAUUGAAGGGCCUUGGAAAAGUAAGUAGAUCCUUUUGGAGAAACAAUUAAUUGAGUUGUAGUUGAUGUUGAAACAUGGACCUCAAAGGAAAGUUGAGACUAAACAAAUAAUUGUCGAAGAUGAGGCCAGGAUUAGAGAACUUGAAUAAUAAAUUGAACAAAUGAAACACAUUCUUAAUGAGAAUGAAGAGGAAAUUUAGCACUUAGAAAGUUUGGUCGAUUAGGCUUAAUAUAACUUGGAGAAUGCGGAAGAUCAAGCAAGCAGUUAAGUGGAAGAAUAAAAUAGAGAAUUAGCAAAGUGGAAAAAGAAGUUUCAAGAUCUGAAUAAAAAGUAUCAUGACAUUGAAGAAGAUAUAACGAUGACAGAAGCUUAGAUAGAGAGCAUUCAAAAAAGAAAAAUGGUUACAUAGACAAGUUCAACGACAAAGACGACUUCUAAAGUCAAUUAGAUGAGGGAUAGUGGAUUUAGAAGAAGCAGUGUUACAAAAAAUUAUUGA